AUGCCAGCAUCUUCCACAUGUCGAACUCAUCAUCGACGCGUGAAUCCACGAUUUUCAGUGUUCCGAAGUUUCGAUCACGAGAACACAUUCUAUUGUGAUGAGGAAAUCCCCGUCACACGACGUAUGAACUCUGGAAUUCUUCCAUUAAAUCCACGAACAAAUCGAUUUUCUCUUGAUGGCUCCAUUGAGAAUGACUAUCUGCAAUCAUUCGAAAUUCCCGCCGUUGUCGCAGAGGAUGAAUCCGAGGACAACUAUAUUCUACUAAGAACAAUUCAACCGAAAAUUAAGAUUGCACUGAUUCAAACUCAGGAUGUUUGGCGUAGUUCUGGAUUCCGUAAGAAUAAGAAACGACCAAUGUUAUCCAAGGAUCCUGGACUAAAAUACUACAGUAGACGUGUUCAACAUGCUAUACCUGAAUCACCAAUUGAAGGUGAUUCUGUUGAGGAUUCGAAUUUAUCGUCACUUUCCUUGAAUUCACCUUCUUCCAACGAUGCGGAUGAAUCAAGCUAUGAGAAUGAUCAAUCACCAGAAAGAGUUCCUGUAAAAAAUUCCAAUACUGGAGGAUCUAAGGUUUCAACGCAUUCAUAUAUCACCCGUAGAGUCAGAUUCGCCUCCAAAUACAAGAAUACAACGUCAUCUUCAAAUUUAAAGCUGAGCAAGUCGCUACGAAAUAAGUCACUUUAUGGUGCUCUCGGAAUGUCAGGAACUAUGCCACGACGACUAUCAAGGAUGCUUCUAUCGUUUGGAAAUGAUUCCAUUAAGAAAAAAUCAAUACCCAUUAUUCCACAAAUGGAAUAUGACGAAUUUAAUCGAAUUACACGAAAAUACUCAAGAGAAAUAGUGAAAAAUGUUUUAUUUGUUCCAAGUGAUGAAAUUAGAAUCGUUCGUUUGUCUAAAGAACGAUUUUUCAGUUCUGAAGAAAUUGUCGAUGUACUACUUGAAUGCUCGUCGGUCAAACAGGAUCACAACAAUAGUAGCGAAGUAACAAACAACGAGCCAUCGGAUGAUUCCGGAUUAAAGGUAUCCUAG